GUUCGAGCCAACGGAGACCUCGUCAUUGCAAAUCUCAAUUUUGAAGACAUGGGAGAAUACACGUGUCGUGUGGAAAAUGAUGCCGGAUUCGAUGAAGUCACAACCUUCGUCUAUCCGUUCGCGAUGUUUCGGGUUAUAGGGGUUCGCUCGGAAAUUGACAGAAUGGUUUCCGAUGAGAUCGAUACCAGGCUUGCCUUGAAUCAUUCUGCCGGCUGUGGGCCGUGGAGCAAUGUGGAAUGUGCAGCUUCCGAGUUUCGAAUUACUGGAGCGGGGCCGUGGGACUCGAGAGUCUUGUGGGGAAAUGAGGUCGAUGACGGAACAAUGCAAUCGGCGACGGGGUUCAUUAACGAGGAAAGCUGCCAAGUGUGA